AGUUCCGAGCGCGCAGAGCAGUUACCCCUCCUCUCCUUCCUUUCCACCAUGUCGACAUCAAAUUUUCGACCUAUUCCCGCCGAGGAGGUCGCAAAAUCAAGCGAUGGGUUGAUUCACGGCGUUUCGGCUGCAGAGCUACAGGUACUCGGCUCGGAAUGUAACGAUGCGAAAGCCACGGCAUAUUGUCCAUACUCUCUCUUUCGAGUCGGCGCAUCUCUCCUCAUUCGCAGCCCCUCGCCAUCAGGAGCUGAGCAUCACAUCGUAUCAGGUGCCAACGUCGAGAACGCAUCCUACCCCGUGGGAACCUGCGCCGAACGCACCGCGAUGGGCACCGCAGUACUCCAAGGCCACAAAAUUGGUUCCUACAAGGCAAUCGGCGUCUCUACAGACAUGGACGACUUCUGUUCGCCGUGCGGCAUGUGCAGGCAGUUCUUGCGCGAGUUCUGCGAGGACAGCGUGCCAAUUUUCAUGUUCAACAAGAAAGGGGAGUUUAAGGUAAAGACCAUGGGUGAAUUGCUGCCAUUGAGCUUCGGGCCGUCCAGUCUUCCAUCUAGGGAUCAGUUGAAGGGCAUCGUGGAGGAUGGGAAAGACAAGAAAGCUUAGUUUUCGCAGUUUAGAAGCAAUUCCUUAUUAAGGUCAUUCAACGAGGAUGAGAAGUCCACGAUAGUAUUAUAAUGUCCAGGUCACAUGGAGAGAUUUCGAAGUCAGGAACGAGGGUUGACAUGAUGGGGGUUUCCGCACAAUUUACACCGUACAAUAUAGCUCUAGACAGAUGAUCGAUGACAUGUUUGAAUUUGUGAUAUUCUUUCUGCCGGAACAGCCAAAUCUUAUUAGUUACGGCUUCGAGUAUCACGUACUGCAUUGCACUCCUACCUACCUACCUACCUAUAGGCAUCUACUCCGUAUGUUAAUGUACAACCAUCUUUAAGC